AAUCUGGUACCAUCACCCUUCCACAUUUUUCUUGCUUUACUCCCUUAAUUCAUCAAACAAAUCUCUCCUUGAAUCAAACUCUGCUUCCUCAUUGAAGGAGGUUUCGGUCCAAAUCCUUAUUCUUCCACAUUCGAAACAGAUUCCAUCACGCUCGAAUUAUAUCGUGGCAAAUCCGAAUAUUUGACAAACGAUGGUCAUCUUUAUUCUUUACUUUUUGAAGUUGACGUUUCAUCUGGUCAGAUGCACUCAACUCGGGAAAGUGAUUGAUGUAUGUGAAUGGGAUAACAAUGAUGUGGCGAAUGAUGCAUGUAGUAUGAAGAAAGCAUUUGGAGGCAGUUCAGUUUUCCCCCAGGUUCUGCCCGACUUUAAACCACUAGGAUCCCUUUACGUGCAAUAUGGAAACGUCGUCGUAGGAGGAGCACAACAACUUUCACCUUCUCGUGUCAACAGACCACCAAGUUUACGACUUGAACUCUUAAAUCAAACCUCUUCAGGUUUGAACACAUUUCUUGUCUUGGGUCUCGAUUUUCAGACUCAGAACAGCUCCACAAGGCUUUUUUGGUUACAAGAGGAACUUCAAGAAGACUCAAAAACGGGUCUGUUGAGUUCGGCAAGAUCACCUUUGUUAUCUUAUCAAAGUCCAAGCCCAUCUCUAGGUAGUGGGACACACGAAUACGUCAUCCUGGUAUACCAAGAAACCGGAGCAAUAUCGACUAUUGAUGUAACCUCCACGAGUUUCAAUCUUCAAGAGUUUUUGACAAAGUCUAACUUGAAUGGAGAAUUGGUGGCUGGUAGCUUUUUCAAGUCAGCAUACGACGGCCAGAAAUUCUCCGCGUACGAAGGAAUCACACAGACUGGCAAAGGCACUUCUUCAUCCUCCUCCUCGAAUGUAUCUUUCACCAAUGUUUCACUUUCUCCUGAGGUAGCUACUACUUCAGCUACCAAUUCAACCUCAGCGCCAAGCUCUCACGGAAGCCCCGGACAGACUGCUAGCAGUACUUCAAGUGACCACAGUUGUCUCUCGUUUCCUUCGACGACCUACAUGUUCCUGCUCGCCACAUUCGUUUCUCUUAUUGAAUAUUCUUAGUAUUGUAUUUUAGUCGCGUUCUUGAAUGUACGCAGAGGCUAGCCGCACACGAUUUCCCAGUCACGAUGAAUUGUUGCAUGCAUGCGCUUUGAAACCGCGCAUAUCAGGAUGACAAUACUUCACUUCGAUGAGGGAACUCACAACGAAUCUCCGCUCUAAAAAUUCUAAUAGCCCUGUGCGAGGCGCAAAAGCACGGCCUGCGCAACGAGUUGGGUAGUGUAAUUGACACUUGAACUUGUACCUUGUGUUGGGAAUAAGAAUAGAAUUGGUAAAUGGAUUAUGUGGAAGCAAGCAAUCUAGUUUUGUAUC